UUUAAGCAGCAGAUCUAAACAGAGGCCGAAGCGAAACGGACGUGCGGAAAGGAGCUCCGGAUGUAUCUGUAUUUUUAUCCGAAACUCUUACAUUCUUUAGUAAAGCGAGUUCUGAGACGAACCGUGUACUUAUCUAUUUUUCGUAAAUCGCGGAAACACGGCGACGGUGCAACAAUAUUAAAAAAUAAGAGAAGAACAGUAGAAGUGUUACGGAUGUUUUAAAAACCUAUCAACAACAAUAUAAUAUGAUGUUCUAUUCUAUAAUAGUCGGUGUGAUUUGUGUUGCCGCAUUUGGAUUAGCUGACAACAAACUCGUGCUUCCUGUAACUACUUGCAAGCGCGAUUNGUCUGACUAUUCUACAUGUCUGUUGCACGCAGUACAAAAAGCAUGGCCACGAUUUGUACCAGGAUUGCCAGAAUUUGACUUUCCACCUUUGGAUCCAUUAUUCUAUGAACACGGCGAACAUACGUUUGAUACCGGUGUGAUACAUGGGGAGCUCAACAUAAAAAAUUUAACCUUAAAAGGUUUGAAAAAUAUUCAAGUAACCAAUGUAAGAACGCAUUUGGCCGAUGACGUAUUCCGUGUGGAAAUUGACCAUAAUAUACCGAAACUUUAUAUGGAUGGUUAUAGUAGUAUAGAGGGUAGAUUAGGACCUUUCACACUAAAAGGCAAAGGAAAGUUUAACUUAACUAUACUUGAUGUCAGAGGCACGUAUGAUCUUAUGGGUCAUGUUUCAAACGACACGUGGACUGUUGAAAGAUUUAUAACGUAUCCAUCUCUUAAAAAGUUAGAAAUAUUUUUCGACGACAUAUUUGACAUCACAGAAAUAAACAAGCUUGUCGUCGCUUUCAUAAAUGAAUAUUGGCCGUCGUUAUAUCGAGAACUAUUGCCAAUUUUGUCCAACGUAUGGGAGCCAUGGUUAAUUGACAUAGUCAAUCGAAUCUUCACUAAAGUAUCCUUCUCCGAACUAUUUCCAUAAACGUUAUUGUAUAUAUUAAAACUAUUACAAGAGAUCUUAACCUAACCUAAUCUAAAUGGGGUAGGUAUUAUACUAACAUGGGACAUAAAUAGACAGGUCCGUGAUAACAGAUUGAUUGUAGAACAUGGUUAUCCGAAACUAGAAGUAAGCAAAGUAAACAUUUAUUUUAAUGAUGUGUUUGAUAGCAAAAAGCUAAGUGAAUACAAUAAAAUACUGAAUAUAAAAACAAGAAUUGCAAGACUUUUACCUCGAUAUUUUGAUAUAAAUUUUUUUCUAUACAUGAUUUUGCUGUGCAUUUCGUGAACGAGUACUGGACAACAUUGUAUCGAUUUAUUUUACAAAUGACAAAUAAAUAGAUUGACCAGUGGUGCACUGACUACAUGAACCGCAUAUUUUCAAAAGUUUUUUUUUCAAAAUUAGUUUUAUAAAAUGUAAUUGUGUAGGAAUAUAAAAUAUAUAUUUGUAUUAAACAUAGUUGCGUAAUUUGACUUGAACGGAAAGUAGUAAACCUUUGACGCUGUUAGUUGUCAAGACAGCGGUCGUUUCGACAAGCGAUAAAUAUUAUAAUAUAUAAAUAUGUAUGACUUGUAAACAGCGUUCAACACUUCCCUGCAUAUUUUGUUCUCAUCUUAUACGAUCACCGGUUCAAUAAAUUGAGAAGAGAAGAGAUUGUCGAAGAAACGAGUCGAAAGUUUCUUCGACGAAGCGAUUUGCCGCAGGAGUGAGUCAACGUUAGACACUUGGUUUUGCUCGUUGUAAUAAUAAUCAAUCUACUUAAAUAUAUCGCCUCAUAUUUCACAAUUUUAUUUUAAAUACUUCUUAUAGUUAUUUAUUUAUUUCUCACAAAUCUACCGAUACCGCCUACAGUUUUAUAGAUUAUUUUUAUAUAAAGUAUGGUAAUGCCUUUUUACUAUAUGAU